GGUUGGUAUUGGGGGCGGGGCGGAGCCGGGAUGCCCGGAGACGGCGACGCUGCGGCUGAGGCUGGCCAAGGAGGGAGGCAAGAUUAGGAAGAUUUCGGGUUGCAAGUUCUCCAAAGUUGCCACUACGUUGCGGCUGGGGCGACGGGAGUCGGGGGCGGGCUGGAGCUCGGGCGGGCCGGCGGGGAACAUGUUCUCCAAGUUCAAGGGCAACCCCCCCAACGCCCCCCAGACGCCUCUCGACAACAACCCUAUCCUCCAGUACUUCGACGUCCGCAAGCAGACCGCCAGCGCCGGCCCGGAGCUCAUCUGGAAGAUCCACGACGGCUACAGGAAGAGUGAUGGAAAGGAGGUCUCGAUCUUCGUGUUCGAGAAGCGGCUGGCGGAGAAGCUGCACAAGCCGAAGCGGAAGGAGACGGUGGCCGAGAUCCUGCGGGGCGGCGUGCGGCAGUUGGAGCGGUUCCGGCACCCGCGGAUCCUCCAGGUCGUCCACGCCAUCGAGGAGUGCAGCGAGACGAUCGCCUUCGCCACGGAGCCGGUCAUGGCCAGCCUGGCCAACAUCCUCGCCUACCACGAGCACCAGGGCACCGGCGCCGGCCCUCCCGAGACCGGCGCCAGCGCCCACGCCCAGCCCCAGCACCCCAUCCCCAGGCCGCCGCACGCCUGCGACUAUAGUUUUUUAGGCAUAGAGCUCAAAUACGGCUUCCUUCAACUAACGGAAGCGUUGUCGUUUUUACACUGCAUUGGACACACGUUACAUCACAACGUUUGUCCGGGGAGUAUAUUCGUCAAUAAAAAAGGAAUCUGGAAGCUUGGCGGCCUUGAAUUUACAGAACGGUGAUAUGCUUCAAGCAACAGUGCUACCGCUACGACCCAUUCUACGAGCGGAUCUGGGAGUACGUGGAAGCCAAGGCGGAGUACUUUGACUUCUCUUGGAGCGUGAUGAACAAGAAACCCC